CUUGUAUAAAAUACGUGCCUUUUGUGCCCUUUCCCCUCAGAACUUACUAAAGCCGUUACGGAUCGACUAUUCGCGCAAUACUACUGUCAUUUUGCCAUGGCAGAACCUUCGAACCUCGCAAAACGCAUAGUCUUCACCGGCGGCUCAGGUGUAGCAGGUCGUCACGUCGUCGCUAAGCUCCUAUCAUACGGCCACAAGAUUUUGAAUGUAGACACAACGUCUCUCGAUAACCCAGAUGUUUACACCCUGAAAGCGGACCUUACCGAUGGCGCUCAAGCUUUCAACAGCCUUUCAUGUCACUUCCAAGUGUCCGAACCUUUCAUGGAGCCCGUUCAAACUCCUGAUGCAGUCAUACAUUUCGCAGGCAUCCCGCAGCCAAUGCGCGUCCCGGACAAUGAGCUUUUCCGCAUCAACACUAUGAGCUCGUACAACAUCAUCGAAGCCGCUUGCAAACUCGGAAUCAAGAAAAUCAUCCUCGCUUCUAGCAUUACCACGUACGGCGUAACGUAUGCUGAAGGCGAUGUCGACUUUCCUCACUUCCCACUCACCGAAGAAUCACCGACCCAGCCUAUGGACGUCUAUGCUACGAGCAAACUCUGCAUGGAGAGAGUAGCCGAGAGCUUCGCAAGGAGGUUUAAAGGAGUCGAUAUCUACGCCCUCCGCAUCGGCGGCGUCAUCGAGCCCGACAGAUUUGAGGAGAAGCUUAAGUCAUACAUCGAAGAGCCAGAGAAGUGGAAACCACAUGCGUGGUCAUACACUGAUGCCCGCGACUUGGGGAGCAUGAUCCAGUGCUGUUUGGCGAAGGACGGGCUGGGGUUUCAAGUAUUCAACGCGGUGAAUGAUGAGAUUACGAACGUGGCCCAUCGGACGACGGAACGGUUCUUGAAGAGUAUCUGUCCGAACACGCCGUUCACGAGGGAAAUGGGGCCCAGGGAAGCGCCAGUUUCGAACACGAAGAUCAAAGACAUGACAGGGUUUAAGGAGGAGUUUGGCUGGAGGGAGAUGCUUGGGAGAGAGUCCUGAGACGUGGGAUGGUUUUGUGCCGGAGCACUUAGGGAUUUUUGGCCCCGGUCAUAAGAGGGAUAGGGAAACUCGUUUAUGUGAGCUGAAAGCGGGCAUAGGAAGGCAGGCGCGUGCCGUCGAGUAAAGGCCGACGAACUUGACCGCAUCCGCGGUAGUUUGAAUGCCCCGGGGCCCCACUGGUUUAUCCCAUCUGCGAACUUUCCGCUUUUUGACUUAGGUAGAUAAACGAAGUCGGUACCUAGCCGCCUUCCUCCAAAGGGAAUCUGCCAAGUUUUGAAAGUCUAUGUCCGCCUAUAGCCUGACAUCGACUCGGUUGAUGAGA